AAUGUCUUAAUAAGAAGAAAUUUAGAAAUAACCUCAAUUUAAACUAUCUCCUGAUUGUGUAGAAUACAAACUCAAUAAUUAUCAUCUUCAUGGCAUAUAAAAUUGUCCGUUCUGCAAUAAACCAUAAACAUAAACUAUACCAAAAGAGCUUACUAAUAAUGAUAUUGAAAAAUAUUAAAAUGAAGUGCUUCAAAAAUAAAAAGAUGUAUUGCAUUAUUAUUAUAUAAUCAGUUAAUAAUUGAUAUUGAUCCUGAAGACCCUGAUUAAAUGAUGGAUUUAUAUGAAAAAUAUAGAGGUUGUCCUUGUUGUAAAGGAUUUGUAUUGAAUUGUGAAGGUGUCAUAUGUGAACAAUUAGGUUUGUGCUAUUGCAUCUAAAAAGAUUUAUAAGAUCGUCAAAAUUGA